GUACCAGAAAGGUAGGCAAGUAACAACAUAUCUGCCCGAUACCAGACUUCACGACAUCCCCCCAAUCAAAGCACAAUCACGACAGUCAUGGCUCUCUCACAGGCAGCUUUCAAGGCUGAGCAGGCACUCGGCCACGGCGACAAUGCAACGACAGCACAAGAUGUAACAAACCCAGCGCUGGAUCGCGAAAAGUAUGGAGAUCCAUCAGGCGAGAAGAUGCAAGCGCUCAUCUGGAAUGGCAAGAACAAGGUCGAAAUGAUGGAAUGUCCCAAACCCAAAGUGCUCGAAUCGAGGGAUGUGAUCCUCAAGAUUACGGGCUCUACUGUGUGCGGCUCCGAUCUUCACCUAUUACACGGCACCGUUGUAGAGUUGCAGAAGGGUGACAUCCUGGGUCACGAAUUCUGCGGGAUUGUAGACGACAUGGGAAAAGAUGUGAAAGGACUGAACAAGGGCGACAGAGUGGUGGCCAGCUUCCAGAUUGCGUGUGGUGAUUGCUACUUUUGCAAGCAAAAGCUAUCUUCCCAAUGUGAGAAGACCAACAGCAACACCAUCGAGAAUGCAAUGUACGGAGGUCGUACAGCAGGUAUGUUCGGCUACAGUCAUUUUACAGGGGGCUUUGCGGGCGGUCAGGCCGAAUAUACACGUGUUCCUUAUGGCGAUGUGAACCUGCUGAAGAUCCCGGACGAUGUGCCCGACGAGAAAGCUCUCUAUCUGUCUGAUGUCCUCGCAACAUCAUGGAACUGCGUGGUCGAUACAAAGGUGUACGAUGGGGAUAUUGUGGCCGUGUGGGGAGCUGGACCGAUUGGACAAAUGGCAGCCGACUUCGCGUUUAUGAACGGAGCUCGAAGGGUGAUUGUGAUUGACUGCAACUGGAGACUGGACUACAUCAAGGAAAAGUACCCCAAAGUGGAGACUAUCGAUUUCACGCAACUCAAGGGGGUGAAGGGCGGUGUGGUGGGCAAGCUCAAGGAAAUGUGCGAUGGUCGUGGUCCCGAUGUGGCAUUGGAGUGUGUGGCUGGGGAAUACCCCAAGGGCUGGCUCCACGCUGCCGAGAUGGCCUUGGGUCUUGAGACUGACACGAGCGAGAUCAUCAACGAGAUGAUUGAGAGCGUCCGCAAUUUCGGACGAGUCGGAGUCACGGGUGUCUAUGUCGGCUACACGAACCAUUUCAACAUUGGCAGUCUGAUGGAGAGAGGUAUCCGCCUCAUUGGCAACGGUCAGGCGCCAGUCCAUCUCUACUGGGAUGAUCUGCUCAAGAAGAUCCAGACGGGUGAGAUCGAGCCACUGAAAAUGGUCACCCAUCGGGUCCGGGUCGAAGAUUUGGACGAGGUGUACUACAAGUUUGAGAAGAAAGAGGAUCACAUGCAGAAGGUGUACGUCGAGACUCGAUUCUCGGCGCCAGCGUGUGCAGGCUCACCGGCCCUGACGAGAUAUACGGACAGGCCACUGAAUACCUAAGCACAUGUAGGUUGUUAUAUGUAAGGUACCUAAGUUGAGUGAUGAGUCCCGACAAAUUCCAGCUUAU